AUGGCAUCUAUUUGUAAUGCUGAUGUCGCCCGCUUCGAAGAGAAGGAGAUGAUUUCCGAAGUGUUAUCCCCAGAGUACAACGAGCAGCCGCCUGCGGGAUUUACAAACGCAUGCGCCCGGGCUAGCAGCAGUCAGGUUUACGAAACCCAGAUGCAGCCUGUCUUGCCGCCUUCCAAGUCCCAAGAGAGCCGGGAUAUGCCGAAGGCUCCUGCGAGGCCAAGCGAUGAGAAAGUACAGGAGUUCGUCAGACAGUUUCAGCAGGUGGAAUCCAGACAAGCCUCCUCCAAGGAGGCUCUGGAACAGAUUUCCACCUUGGUGGAGGUCACUGUCGACAUGUUUGGCACUCUAAAUGGCGCUCUGAAUCAGAUGAAGACAGACAUCGGACAUUUACAUGCCAAUCUAUCUUCGUUGGAGACAAAGGUGAGCCAAACACCUGUUCCAAGCACCCCGCCACAUCCGGCCUCUCAGGUUGCAGAGAAGUCGGCAGGUGAUGAUGUUGUGGAGAGCAUCGGCAAGGAAAUCAGUCUGGAAGCUUGCUGUGGGGAUGAACCCGUGCAGUCCUUGCAGCUGUCUUUCACCAGUGAGCCCACCUUUGCUUCGACAACACCCGAUAGUGACCGGCAAUCAGAGCUGACAUCUCUGGAUGUAUCCAAGAUCAGCGGCAAAAGUUCGACGGAGGGGCCCUCCCACCCGCAUCCCAACGAAGCACUGGUGUCGUUGAUCAAUGUUGCCUUGAAGCACCCUGAUCUCUCGGGCGCCCCUUUGCUUCGCCAGUGGCAGUUCCAGCAGCAGAGGGUGAAGUCUCAGCGAGACCUCAAUGUAGACCUCGUUGCCAACAAGUCUGUGCUCGCCGCACAGAAUCAGCAAUUCGCUGCACUGGUUCGCGUGGCCAUGCAUCACGGGUCGCUGGCGGGCCGGGACUUACUGCACCAGUUUGAGUCAGAGCUCCACUUCGAGGAGGAGAAGCAUUCCGAGACCCGUGCCGGUCGGAGCAGCGAUGCCUCCAUCUCCUUUCGGAAACAGCUCAGUCAAGAGUCUUCUGAUGACGUGCUUCGAAGCUAUGGUAUUCAGCCGAGCUUGUGCCAUCAACGAGGCGUUGUGUCACUGGUGCAGGUGGCAUUAAAGCACCCCGAUGUCAACGGCUUUCCGUUACUGCAGCUCUGGAAAAAGGAGCGGGUCAAGAUCAAGAGCCAACGGCAGUUGAACUUAAACUGCGUAGAGAAGAAGUGUGAGAUUCACCUGCAGAACCGGCAGUUCGUGGCUUUGGUAUAUGCAGCUUUAUUCUAUCCGAACCUCGAGGGCGCAGAGUUGCUGGACAGGUUUGAAGAGCUGCAAGGAGAAGCUUGCGAGCCCAACUCGCCUUUAGCCUCUGUGAACCCAAAGACGUUCUGGUCCAGAUCCACUUCACCGUCACCGCGCCCCUCCACUUCAUCGUCACCGCGCCCAUCACUGACCACCGCCUUUGAUCCCCAAACACAAGAAAGAUUGGUAAGCCUCGUCAGAAUGGUCGUAGAUCAUCCUGAACUCAGCAGCAUUCAGCUUUGCGAGCUUUGGCGGAGCACGUCCAGAGAUGCUUGCAGUGCUGCCCCCGCCAGCGCUGGCUCUUGCCGGGCCCAGAGCAGAUCCAGGUUCCUCGGGACGAUGUGCUCGACACUGUGCUCACCACUGGGCUUCUUCGGCCCUAGCUCCCGAGAAGGUACCGGAACAUGCAAGACUGCAUGA